GCAUGUGCUGCCAUGCCCGUAUACAGUGGACGAGUUGCCUUGCCAAGUUCGCUUCCGUCUUGUGGGGCAUCAACCAACUACUACGUGUUGUUCUAUUUAUAGCGUCAGAUACAACAUAUGCCGACGAGCACUUUCAUCCUUGAUCAAUCUCUUGCAAGUGCUGCAGCGCAUCAAUGGCGUCGAGUAACGCAACAAGUCACAAGUGCUCCAGCAGGGCAGCAGGCCCCGUCCCAUUCAAGGACUUUGAAGACGAUGUCCUCCACCAGGUGCCGGAGAGGACGUCUCCGGAAGAUCACGACGCUCUGGUCUCCUCCCUGCCGAGCACGGUGCUGCCCGGCGUCCAGUUAUUCAAGCUCCGUCUGUAUCAGGGUUUCUGGCUGCACGAGAGGCUGGUCCCGGGGGCCGUCGCUCUCCAGCAACGCUUCGAGCCCCGCCCGGACGACGUGGUCGUCGCCAGCAUGCCCAAGUGCGGCACCACGUGGCUCAUCGCGCUGACGUUCGCCGCCAUGGCUCGCCGCGCUUACCCGCCCGCCGGCGCCGACCACCCGCUGCUCCGCCUCAACCCGCAUCAUGUUGCCCCUUUCAUGGACCUGUUCUUCGCCCAAGGCCGGGAGGCCGUGCUCGACGCGCUCCCGUCCCCGCGUCUCAUGUUCACGCACAUGCCGCUCGCCAUGCUGCCGCGCGCCGCGCCGCCGGCUUCGUCCGGCGCCGGCGCCGGCGGUGGCGGGUGCAGGGUCGUCUACAUCUGCAGGGAGCCCAAGGAUAUGGCCGUCUCCCUGUGGCAUUUCCGUCGGGUGCUCUGCCCUGAGCUCUCGUUCGCCGACACCUUCGAGUCCUUCUGCGCCGGCCGGUCCAGCGGGCCGUUCUGGGACCACAUCCUCGGCUACUGGCGCGCGAGCGCCGCUACGCCGGACAACGUGCUCUUCCUGCGGUACGAGGAGCUGCUGCGUGACCCCGCGGACAAUGUCAGGAAGCUGGCGCGCUUCGUCGGGCUCCCGUUCUCCGACGCGGAGGAGGAGGCCGGCGUCGUUCACGCCAUCGUCGAGCUGUGCAACCUCGACAACAUGAGGAGCCUGGAGGCCAACAAGAGCGGCCACCUGCCCUACAUCAACUUCCCAAACAAGUCCCUCUUCCGGAAGGGAGUGGCCGGCGACUGGGUGAACCACAUGACGCCGGAGAUGGCACGCCGCAUGGACGAUAUCGUCGCGGAGAAAUUUCGAGGCACGGGGCUCACUUUCCCGUGAACCGAGGAAGGCGCACGUCAAUUCGUCGAUUUUCAUCUCAAUAAACGUUGAGUGCAAAUGAGGGGGAAUAUUGUGUGCAAAUCUGAAUGGAGUGUGAAAAAUAAAUUUAAAUGUUUUUAUCGUUAUUAUGAAGUUGUAUUAUAAAUCCGUGUAAUAUUUGAUCUUCAAAUUCAUGUUUACAAGAUCGGAAAGACAACUCAUUCAUCAUGUACUGUAUUGUACUAUUCAUUAAGCAUUUUUCUGUCUUAGGGAAAAUGAAGUUGUUAA